AUGACCAAACUGUCUAGUCCGACUGAGCAACACGAAGAAAACACAACCGUGAGAGAUGACUUCAAUAUCUCAACAACAAAAUCCUCGGGUUCCUUCGCGCUUGCAGGAACUUUACAAGAAAAUGGUUCCAUUGGAUACGCUUCACAGAAUUUCGACCCGAUCUGGAUGCCUACAUGUAACUCCAGCUACUACUACGGAAAUUACACACUAUCCAUCGCGCAACAACCAGGAGACGAGUGGUGGAGCACGCAAGGCUGGACAGACUUCACACUACCAUCUAUGAACGCGACGUUCAACGAGAAGACCGCCAACUUCACUCUGGAGGGCAAGUUCGCGGCAUACCCGUAUCUGAGAGCGAAUGAUACGGGGUAUAGUGGCACUCCUGAUGGUGGUGAAAUCAGUAUCGGCGAUUGGGUCCAGGGUACUAUUCGGUUUACCUUUAGGGGAAACUUGGAUACUUAUCAUUCAGAUGUGCUGGAUAUGAACACGACCACACCGACGUGGCUUCGAACGGUUGGAUUUGGGAACAAUUCGAUGAACGUCGGGUAUACCUCCGGGGGUCAGGGUCGGCCUGGAGUAGGAGCUGGUGUUAUUGUGCUUUUUGCUCUCUUUGUGGCAUUUAUUUGA